AUGAGGAUCGAAGGAUUGUUGAAAAGUGGUGGAUCGUGGAAUUCAAGAUGUUCCCUAUCAAAAAUGCCAGUUAUUAAAAGAAUCGAUAGACUUCUUAUAGCAAAUCGAGGUGAAAUUGCCGUGAGGAUAAUGAAAACGUGUCGAAAAAUGAGUAUAGAAACUAUCGGGGUGUAUUCGGAUGCUGAUAAGCGUUCACUGCAUACGAAAUUCGCCGAUAAAGCUUAUCACAUAGGUGCUGCACCAUCAUUAGAAAGUUAUUUAAAUAUUGACAAAAUUGUCAAUACGGCGAUAAAAGCGCGCUGUCAGGCGAUUCAUCCAGGUUAUGGAUUUCUAAGUGAAAACGCUAAAUUUGCUGAUUGUUGUGCUUCAGAAGGUCUUAUAUUUGUUGGUCCAUCAUCUCAAGCAAUAAGAGAUAUGGGCGCUAAGAAUGUUUCUAAACAAAUAAUGUUUGAUGCUGGAAUUCCUAUCAUCAAUGGUUAUCAUGGUAAAGAACAAAGCGAUGAAUGCUUAUUGCGGGAAGCUGAAAAGAUUGGUUAUCCAAUAAUGAUAAAAGCUGUUUGUGGCGGUGGUGGAAAGGGAAUGCGGAUCGCCUGGGAUAAAUCUGAAUUUAAAGAAAAAUUAAAAUCUGCGCAAUCUGAGGCGAUGAAAGCUUUUGGUAAUGAUGAAAUGAUUGUUGAAAAAUUUGUAGAAAAGCCUCGACAUGUCGAAGUUCAAAUUUUUGGUGAUCAUCAUGGAAAUUGCGUUUAUCUUUGGGAGAGAGAUUGUAGCAUUCAACGCCGUCAUCAGAAAAUCAUCGAAGAGGCACCUGCACCAGCUAUCGAUGAUUAUACAAGAAAACAGUUAGGCGAAAGUGCAGUAAGAGCUGCAUCUGCUGUAUCUUACGUUGGCGCGGGUACAGUUGAAUUUAUCAUGAAUCGGCAAAAGGAAUUUUUUUUCAUGGAGAUGAAUACACGACUUCAAGUUGAACAUCCGGUGAGUGAAGCAAUCACAGGUACAGAUUUAGUGGAAUGGCAACUAAAGGUUGCACAAGGAGAGCGAUUACCAUUAUUGCAGUCUGAUAUUCAUUUAAAUGGGCAUGCAAUAGAAGCUCGGAUAUAUGCUGAGGAUACAAGAGCUGGAUUUAUUCCUAUUGCAGGUUCACUGAAACAUAUAUUUUUUCCAUCAAAUGCUCGAAUUGAUACUGGAGUACAACAAGGUGAUGAGGUUUCCGUAUAUUAUGAUCCAAUGAUUGCAAAGAUUAUCGUUUGGGGUGAAAAUCGCUUGGAAGCAAUAAAAAAACUUGAACGAGCUUUGAAUUGUACCCAUAUUGCUGGAUUUUCAACAAAUGUGACUUUUAUGCGUUCCAUUCUGAAUCACGAUCAUUUUAUAAAAGGAAAUGUGUGUACCGAAUUUAUUAACGAGCAUGAAGAAGAAUUAUUUUCUGAGAAGAAUCCAUCCGAAGUUGAUAUAUGUGAAGCAAUCGUAUCAAAAUUGCUAUUUGACGAAAAUCAGUUGGAUCGAAAUAAUCUUUUUCUGCAAAAUGAUUACUUUAGAUUGAACCACACUGCGAAAGUAGAUAUCAGUAUCGAUGGGCAUUUAUAUAAUGUUGAAAUUUUUCGCAAACGAAAAAUGGUAAUCAAGGUGGGAAUGAAAAGUUUUAAAAUAUCAGUCGAUGAAGUUGAUCGAUUUGAUGAACAAAUAAAAUUUAUAAUGGAAAUUCAAAAUGAAAAGCGUAAAGUGAAAGCUGUAACUGUUGAUAAAAAAAUUAUUGUUUUCGGCGACGAACAUCGCGAAUAUUCGUUAUUACGUGGAUUUUUCGAUGAAAAUACGACAAACAUUACAAAUGUCGGUGCGAUUGCACCUAUGCCAGGUGUGAUUGAGAAAAUUUUAGUGCAGCCUGGUGAUUCUGUUACUGCUGGGCAAUCGCUGAUUGUUAUGGUAGCUAUGAAAAUGGAAUAUAUCAUAAGAGCUCCAUAUGAUGCAGUUAUUCAUUCGAUACUGUGUAAAGUUGGUGAUACUGUACGAAAGAAUGCGAAUUUAGUUAAAUUCAACGAUGAAUAG